GGAGCAUUUGGGGGACUAUACAAUGAAGGCUAUAUUUUUGUCCAUCUUUGCCAUUUUUGUACUGUCUGCUUUUGACCAUGCAGACAGUAAUGCUUAUUAUGACAAGAUAUUGUCACACAGUCGCAUAAGGGCCAAAAAAGAGGGUCCAAAUGUCUGUGCUCUGCAGCAAGUUAUGGGGACCAAAAAGAAGUAUUUCAGCACUUGCAAAAACUGGUACCAAGGUGCAAUCUGUGGAAAGAAGGCGACUGUUCUGUAUGAAUGCUGUCCUGGUUACAUGAAAUUGAAUGGUCAACAGGGAUGUCCUGCAGUUGCUCCUAUUGACAAUGUAUACGGAACUCUUGGAAUUGUGGGGGCCACAGCCACACAAGAUUACUCUGAUAGGUCUGAACUGAGGAAGGAAAUUGAAGGAGUUGGGUCCUACACUUUCUUUGCACCCAGUAAUGAUGCGUGGGACUUGCUAGACCCUGAGGUCCGGGCAUCACUGCUAAGCAAUGUGAAUAUUGAGUUGCUGAAUGCUUUGCAUUACCACAUGCUCAAUAAGAGAAUGCUUACCAAAGACCUUAAAAAUGGAUUGACCCUUACAUCUAUGUUCAAUGACCAACCUCUUCUGAUUAACCACUACACAAAUGGGAUUGUCACAGUUAACUGUGCAAGAGUUAUCCAUGGUAACCAGAUCGCCACCAAUGGUGUUGUCCAUGUGAUCGAUCGUGUUGUAACAGCUGCUGGAAGCACCAUUGAAGACUUCAUUGACUCUGAAGACGAACUGUCAUCUCUUCGCGCAGCUGCUAUUGCUUCAAACUUGAUGGAGAAACUUGGAAAGCCAGGACAUUACACUCUGUUCGCUCCAACUGAUGAUGCAUUUGAAAAACUUCCACGAGGGGUCCUUGAGAGGAUCAUGUCCGACAAGAAGGCUGCUGAAGCUCUUGUUAACUUCCACGUCCUGGACAGUGUCCAGUGUUCUGAAGCUAUAUUGGGUGGAGCAAGCUUCGAUACACUGGAAGGAAGUCCACUACAGAUUGGGUGUGAUGGUGACAGCGUGACAGUCAAUGGCAAGAAGCUAGUGAACAGGAAAGAUAUUGUCACCAGCAAUGGAGUCAUUCACCUGAUUGAUGAGGUUCUUAUACCCGACUCUGCAAAGCAAGUUUUGGAACUUGCAGGAAGCCAGCAGACCACUUUCACUGACCUCAUGGCACAAAUGGGUCUGGCAGCCGCAUUGAAACCAGAGGCAGAAUACACUCUCCUGGCACCAUUAAACGAUGCUUUCACUCAAGAAACAUUGAAAAUGGACCAACGUAUCCUUAGGCUGAUUAUGGAGAAUCACAUUAUCAAGCAAAAAUUUGUCCUUAAUGGACUCUAUAAUGGACAAACAUUAGAAACUCUUGGUGGAAAAACUCUCAGAGUAUUUGUGUACCGUACGGCUGUGUGCAUUGAAAAUUCCUGCAUGCUUCGUGGAAGCAAAGAAGGAAGGAAUGGAGCUAUUCACACUUUCAGAGAGAUCAUCAACCCGGCUGAACAGUCAUUCUUCGAAAUCUUGCGCCUUGACAAGCGUUUCAGCAUUUUCCUAGACCUAAUCCAACAUGCUGAACUGAAAGAACUUUUGUCAGGAGCAGGAGCUUUGACCCUUUUCAUUCCAACCAACGAUGCUUUCAAGGGACUUAGCACUGAAGAAAUUGAAAUCCUAAAACGGGACAAAGUUACUCUUCAGAACAUCCUUCUCUACCAUCUGGCCCCAGGAGUAUUCAUUGGUGGUGGAUUUGAACCUGGUGUAACCAACGUAUUAAAGUCUAUCCAAGGAAGCAAUAUUAUGAUUAAGGCAAUAAAUGAUUCCAUUUCUGUGAAUGAUAUAUUCACAAAGGAAAAAGAUUUAAUGGCAACCAAUGGUGUAAUUCAUAUUGUAGAUAAGCUGCUGUUCCCCGCAGAUGCUGCUAUUGGUAAUGAACAAUUGCAGGGAAUUCUUAAUAAGAUCAUAAAAUAUUUCACAAUUAAGUUUGUCCGUGGCAGCACAUUUAAGGAAAUCCCUCUCACCAAAUACAUUACAACAACAAUUACAAAAACAAUUAUCAAAGAACCACUUACAAUCAAUAAAGUAAUUGGUGGUGGAUCUGGAACAAUUCGCAGAGUUAUUCAAGGACCAGAUGUGACUGUGGAACGUGAUGCUACUGUGACAAUAGAAUCAGGACAACCUGAAGUCAGAAUGAUUCCAGGAGGAGAAACAAGAGUGACUAAAAUAAUCCAAGGAGAACCCACCAUAACCAGAGUCACAAAAGUCAUAGAAGGCAGCCCAGAAUUCAGCCUGGUUAAGGAAGGAGAGACUAGAGUAACCAAGGUUAUUCAAGGAGAAACUACAAUUACUAAGAUCAGUAGAGUGAUUGGAGGUGAGCCAGAUUCUAAACUGGUAAAUGAAGGCGAAACACAAGUGACUAAAGUGAUCCAAGGAGGCCCUGAAAUAAAAUAUUCUCGCAUCACUACCAGUCUAGGAUCUGACCUGGAUGAUGCUGAACUCACAAGGAGACUAGAAGAUGAAGUAACCAGAGUGUCCAAGUUCAUUGAAGGUGAUUCACAAAUACUUGAAGAUGACGAGCUGAAAAGGCUUCUUCAGGGAGAACCUCAAGUUAGAAGAGCACAGACUGGAUUCAGAAGGGUACAAGGUCAACCACUGAGAAGGAAACUAAGAAGAAGUCACCAAUCCUAAAUCCAUGAGCUGGAACUGUUGUUGAAGAAUUACAAAAGAUUGACUCUUUAAGAAAUUUCAAGGCAUACACUGCCAUGAGAUAAGGAUGAUCCGGACUAUUUGACAUCUUGCACAAAUUGUUUCUACAUAAAUAAAUAAAAUGUUAUGUUCUAAAUUUUCAAAAGUAUAUAUAAAAUACUUGGCAAAAAGUAUUUUAUAUAGACAAUCAAACAAAAACAAAUCUGAAUGUAUCAAAGAAUAUGACUUGUUCAUAAUAUUUGACCCUCUGUUACAUGCCUUAUGUUGUCAUGUCUGGUUGUAUACCAAUUUUUACAAAAGAAUUCUAGACACAUCUAUGCCACUUCUUCAACAGUGGGUCAAUAUACCUUAUAGAGAAAUUGAAUCUCUGAAAUGUUAGUGUUCCUAACAGGAUUCUUUCUGUGUUUUAAACAUUCUACAUCAAAUGGUGCUUUUAUUUUUAUCCAAACCUGCAAAGCUAUUUUUUGGUACUAACUCAAAAGGGGUUAAUUUGUAAAUUAUGCCAUGUUUAUAACUCUGGUUUUAUAUGCAUAAAAUGAUAGAGUCAUUUGCUUUUUUUUAUCUCAGUUGUUGCAAUGCAACCAAGUAUACUAGGGAAGAAGUGUUUACUUUAAGUUCCAGUGCCUUUUCCUUAAAAGGAAACUAAUUUAAAUUGGGUUUUAGAUUGUGAAAGACAAAUCAUAUGUUUGUCACAAAAAUAUUGGAUGGAUUAUAAAUCUGGUGUGGGACUUUUAUGCUGCUUUUAUGACUGUUGUGCACCUUCAACAUGCUAGGAAGCCAGUGCUUGUCACUUAGAUACUGACGGCUUUUCAUUCACAAUCACUCUGGUGAAGACAGGUUCUUAAUUUGGUGGCUUAAUGAUAUGUCUACAAUUCCAGAAAUUCCAAAUUCUCAAAUAAAAAUGUAUUUAAAAAAAUAAACAAAAAUAUGAUUCUCUUUCACAUUCUAAAGUUUUGUUUUAGAAUAUUAGUUUCUACUUUCUUUGAAAAGAAAGCUAUUGGGUGUGUCUGUAUACCUCUGUUUCUUAAACAAAUACUCAAUAAAAAAUGUGGUUGAAAUACGA